CUGUUUGCUUGGACUUUGCAGAGACUCUCAGAAUCGUCUCUGUUCUCUCAUUAGUUUAAGUAUGAGGCUUUGCUCCCGGAAGUGCCAAUGGUCUCGCCGUCGUCAUUUUCCGGUAGAAGCGAAGCCUAUGAUCUCAAACUACCUGAUCAAUCGAAAGCAACGUAUUCUCCCGGAGGUUUCCACCAUCUUUCUUCUCUAAGACAAAAGAAAAAGGCUUUCAAGUCAAAGCAAGAGUUACCUUUUGAGACUCGUUACUUCCCUCAAAAUCUUGACCACUUCAGUUUCACACCAGAGAGCUACACAGUCUUCCACCAGAAGUACCUCAUCAACAGCCGUUUCUGGCGCAAAGGUGGCCCCAUCUUUGUCUACACCGGAAAUGAAGGAGACAUCGACUGGUUUGCUUCCAACACCGGUUUCAUGUUGGAUAUUGCUCCCAAGUUCCAGGCUCUUCUUGUUUUCAUUGAACACCGGUUCUAUGGAGAAUCAACGCCAUUUGGGAAGAAGUCGCAUAAGUCGGCUGAGACAUUGGGUUAUCUAAACUCUCAGCAAGCGUUGGCUGAUUAUGCGAUCCUGAUAAGAAGCUUGAAGCAGAAUCUAUCGUCUGAGGCAUCACCUGUGGUUGUCUUUGGUGGCUCUUAUGGUGGAAUGCUUGCAGCGUGGUUCAGGCUCAAGUAUCCCCACAUAACAAUCGGUGCAUUGGCAUCCUCCGCUCCAAUACUUCAUUUCGAUAACAUUGUGCCAUUGACGAGCUUCUAUGAUGCCAUUUCUCAGGAUUUUAAGGAUGCAAGUAUUAAUUGUUUCAAAGUCAUCAAGAAAAGCUGGGAAGAGCUAGAGGCAGUUUCAACUAUGAAAAAUGGCUUGCAAGAACUCAGCAAAAAGUUCCGAACUUGCAAAGGCCUUCAUUCUAAAUAUUCAGCCAGAGAUUGGUUAAGUGGAGCAUUUGUUUAUACAGCCAUGGUUAAUUAUCCAACUGCAGCUAAUUUCAUGGCGCCACUGCCUGGUUAUCCCGUGGAGCAGAUGUGCAAGAUCAUCGACGGGUUCCCUCGAGGAUCUAGUAAUCUUGACCGUGCCUUUGCUGCUGCAAGCUUAUACUACAACUAUUCAGGAUCGAAAAAAUGCUUCGAGAUGGAACAACAAACUGAUGAUCAUGGACUUGAUGGUUGGCAAUAUCAGGCGUGCACAGAGAUGGUGAUGCCAAUGAGCUGCUCGAACCAGAGCAUGCUCCCUCCGUACGACAAUGACUAUGAGGCAUUCCAAGAACAAUGCAUGAGUAGAUACGGAGUCAAGCCUCGACCCCAUUGGAUCACCACAGAAUUUGGCGGAAAGAGAAUAGAGACAGUACUGAAGAGAUUUGGAAGCAACAUCAUAUUCUCCAAUGGAAUGCAGGACCCUUGGAGCCGUGGAGGGGUUCUGAAGAACAUUUCAAGCAGUAUCGUCGCGCUUGUGACCAAGAAAGGAGCUCACCAUGCGGAUCUGAGGGCUGCUACAAAAGAUGACCCAGAGUGGCUGAAAGAGCAGAGGAGGCAAGAGGUUUCCAUUAUAGAGAAAUGGAUCAGGUUUCGUCGUUGGAUAUAUACCCUUAGCAGCAGCAACUCCAUUUGUCCUCCUUGCGAGAUCUGCGAUUGUCCUCCUCCUUUGUCUCUCCUCCAGAUUGCUCCCGGGCUUGCAAACCUCUCUAUUACAGGUUGUGGAAGCGAUGAUCCAGAACUCAAAGAGGAGAUGGAGAAACAGUUUGUGGAUCUUCUCACAGAAGAGCUGAAGCUUCAAGAAGCAGUUGCAGACGAGCAUAGUUGUCACAUGAAUGUUACACUUGCCGAAGCAAAAAGGGUUGCUUCACAGUACCAAAAGGAGGCUGAGAAGUGUAACGCUGCCACGGAAAUUUGUGAAUCAGUUAGAGAGAGAGCUCAAGCAUUGUUGCUCAAAGAGCGGAAAAUCACUUUUUUGUGGGAGCGGAGAGCUCUGCAAUUAGGUUGGGAAGGUUCCAUAAACAAGCGAGGAUACGAAUGCAGUCAAGAGGAUACAGACAAGUUGCCAGAAUCAAAGAGACAAAAAGUGCCUGCUUUGGCAAGUGUUAUUGUGGAAGCUGUUAAGGUAGAUAGUCUGCAGAGGCUUUGCUCGUCUUUGGAGCCGUUGUUUCGCAGAAUUGUUAGCGAAGAAGUGGAACGAGCCUUAUCAAGGUUGGGAAAUGCAAAGUUAACCUCGAGGUCACCUGAACCAAAGAGGAUCCAAGACCGCGAUGGAAGAAACCUGCAACUUCACUUUAGGACGCGAAUGCCUCCUCACUUAUUCACAGGUGGGAAAGUCGAGGGAGAGCGAGGCUCGGCAAUUCAUGUGGUUCUUAUAGAUGCAAACACAGGAAAUGUAGUCCAAACAGGAGAAGAGUCAGCUUCAAAGCUGAAUGUUGUAGUGUUAGAAGGGGACUUCAAUGAUGAAGACGAUGAAGACUGGACGAGAGAGCACUUUGAGAGCUUUGAAGUGAAAGAGCGAGAAGGGAAACGCCCCAUUUUAACUGGGGACACACAGAUAGUGCUUAAGGAAGGUGUGGGAACUCUAGGAGAACUUACUUUCACUGACAACUCGAGUUGGAUACGGAGUCGAAAGUUUAGGCUUGGUGUUAAGCCGGCUGCAGGGUAUGGUGAUAGCUUUUGCAUUCGUGAAGCCAAAACAGAACCUUUUGCUGUCAAAGAUCAUAGAGGAGAACUAUACAAGAAACAUUAUCCACCGGCUGUACACGAUGAAGUCUGGAGACUAGAUAGAAUAGCGAAAGACGGAGUGCUACACAAAAAGCUAUUGAAAGCUAAUAUCGUGACAGUCGAAGACUUCCUUCGACUCCUUGUUAAGGAUCCACAGAAGCUGAGAAAUUUGCUUGGGAGUGGAAUGUCGAAUAGAAUGUGGGAGAACACGGUGGAGCACGCAAAGACAUGUGUGUUGGGUGGGAAGCUUUAUGUGUUUUACACAGACCAGACUCACGCUACAGGCGUUGUCUUCAAUCAUAUCUAUGAAUUCCGAGGCCUAAUUACAAACGGGCAUUUCCUAUCGCUAGAGUCUCUCAACCAUGACCAAAAGAUUUCUGCAGAUAUUUUGGUCAAGCUGGCUUACGAGAACUGGCAUAAAGCUAUUGAGUACGACGGUAAGCUGUUAAAUUGCUUACCAGUUGCCGAGAAGGAAGUAAAAAGCUUACCAGAACCAAAAAUGGUCACAGCACAAACAACUCAGAACCAUCAACAGCUGCACAACCAGAAUAAUAGGCAAACUGUGCAAUGUCAUCAGAAUGCUAUUACCUAUACACCGGUCCCUCAACCAAUAGAUUAUCCUCAGUUUGCGCAGCAAAAUUGCAGCCAAUUAUUACCUUCAUUCCCUUGCAACGUACAGGACUACAACAGGUCGAUGGAGAGUUCCAAUGAUUCAAGCUCAUACAAUGGAGAAGAUUGGUGUCGACCAAGAGCUGCAGGACAAGGUCUUGAAGACAUUUUCAGCGAAGAAAUCAGACUAAGGAGCUCUGAAAUGCUUGAGACUGACGAUAUGCAGAGACUGUUGAAGACUUUUGGCAUUGGUGUGAACACUGUGGGAACAGAAGGUGGGUUUGGUCAGACUGAUGAGUCUUGUUACGGUUAUAACAUACCGUACCAAGCUCAGAUCGAUAACACGUUCAGGAGAGAACGUAAUAGAGGCUCGGGCAAAGCUGUGGUUGGAUGGCUAAAGCUUAAGGCUGCUUUGAGAUGGGGUAUCUUCAUACGCAAGAAAGCUGCAGAGAGGAGGCCUCAGAUUGUUGAGAUCGAUUGACAAAAAAUGGGAUAGAGAGCCUCUUGAGGUUUUAAUCCUUUGACGAAUUUUCGCUUUCGUUAAAGCUUGAAGACAGUUUCUUUGUGUUCAUCUUUUGGAUGAACAAUCUAAGGGUAGAGAGAAGUGGACUUUGCUUUGUAUUACAUGUAUUGCUUUAUUAUGUUU